AUGUCGGUCUCGUCAGUCAAGUUUUCUCCAGACGGCAAAUGGCUUGCCACUUCCUCUGCGGACAAAACCGUGCGGCUAUGGCACGCGAUGGACGGUCGGCACGAAAUGACAAUGACGGGACACACCAAAGGCAUAUCGGACGUUGCAUGGUCGUCAGACUCGCAGUAUAUUUGCUCGGCAUCCGACGACAAAACCAUUCGCAUCUGGAAUAUCACACGGUCAACGCCGAUACGUGUGCUGAAAGGACACACUCAUUUCGUCUUUUGCGUCAACUACAACCCCCAAUCCAACUUGAUUGCAUCCGGAUCCUUCGACGAAACCGUUCGAAUAUGGGAUGUAGCAAAAGGCCAGUGCCUCAAGGUUCUGCCGGCACACUCGGAUCCAGUGUCGGCUGUGUGUUUCAACCGCGAUGGGACCCUGAUCGUCUCUUGCAGCUUUGAUGGUCUGAUACGCAUCUGGGAUACCGCAACAGGCCAGUGUCUCAAGACGCUCAUCGACGACGACAACCCGCCCGUGUCGUUCGUCAAGUUUUCGCCAAAUGGCAAGUACAUUCUGGCCUCAACGAUGGACAAUACCCUUCGGCUCUGGAGCUACUCAACUGGAAAGUGUCUCAAGACCUAUGCCGGCCACCAGAACACAAAAUACUGCUGUUUCGGAUCGUUUUCUGUCACGGGCGGCAAAUGGAUCGUCUCGGGCUCGGAGGACAAAUUGAUCUACAUCUGGAACCUGCAGACCAAAGAAAUUGUGCAAAAGCUGGCGGGGCACAAAGAUGUUGUUUUGACUGUGGCAUGUCACCCGACGAUGAACAUGAUUGCCUCGGGAUCAAUCGAUCAAGAUAAAACGGUUAAAAUCUGGGUUGACGACACGUCGCCAGCUUGA